AGUAUUCACUAUGAGCUUUUCAAAAGAAAACGAAAUAGAUUCAUUUCCAAUUGAUCGUGUGACCGGAAGAGUUCGCGGUUCAGUGAAUAUGAUUGAUAUACAGAGAAAUGUGGAAUGGGUUGAAGUUAGCGGACGGUGGAGUAGAAUGUCGAUAAUGGGAACAUCUCUGACACCAGACAUUUUGACGAUCGAAAAUCAAGGAGAGAAGGAUGAACGAAUCAUUAUUUUUAUGAUUCCAGAUAAUGUUUUUUCAUGGGCUUUCAAAAAGAUAAUUAUUUGAAAAUCCGAUUCAACCAAAUUUAGAACAUGUAAAUUGCUUUUAGUAACACAUUUUCCCUAAUAGUUCGUUAGAUCUUUUUUUCGUUUGUGAGAGGACAUUGUAAUUGUUGUAAAUUUUAAAUAGUUCAUUUGGGACGAACAUGAAAGAAAACAACUUUUGUGUGACAAAGUCAUGCUUUACAUUUAAAAAAACAUGCAUAUAUUCCUCGAGCCGAGUUAUUUAUUUUCAUCAAAAAGCAAGCUGGCUACUACCAAAAAAAACUAUUCAUCAAUCUUAACUAUAAAGUUCUUUAAAAAUCAACAGGUUAUCAAGUAGCCAAAAUAAACAUAUUUUCAACUUAUUCUGUAAUGUGUGACGUCAUACAAUUUGAAUUUUUUCCAGAUCACUUUGGAACUAAUAUUUGUGUUUUAGUGGUUCCUAAAAUAGGUUGUUCGAAAUUUUGAACGGCCAUAACAUUUUUUUUUCAAUUUUUGAGAUGUUUGAUUACGAAAUUUGUUUAUUAGUUCUCAUUUUGGGUCUAUGCAAUUAAAAUCGUCCGAACUGUUAGUCCUCCUUUAAUGUUUCUUUGAACUUUCACAUUCAAUGAACACAAUUUUCUGUUUUGGCGUUUUUGCACUUGUCUAUCUUUCAUAUCUUAGACCUAUCAAUCAACAUGAAUAUUUC